AUGUUCAGGGUGAUCAUCAUCGGUGCUGGCCUCGGAGGCCUCGCCUGCGCCAUUGCAUGUCGCCGCUACGGCCUGGAAGUGAUUGUCCUGGAGAAAGCCCCGAAAAUCGUCCCGGUUGGCGCCGGUAUUCAAGUGCCUCCAAAUGCCUCUCGUGUGCUGAAGUGGUUCGGUCUGCUUGAGAGGGUCCAGGACUAUGGCUGUGUCUUAGAUUACACUGAUCUGGUGAGAUACGAGGAUGGCUCCCGCAUCUUACGCUCGUGGGCUGGUAAAAGCAUCGAACAGAAGUAUGGGGCGCCAUGGAUGGUUAUCCACCGAGCAGAUUAUCAUCAAGUUCUAUUGGAAGCUGCCACAAGUUCCGGUGCACAAGUACGUCUCGGUUCUUCCGUGAGCAAUAUCGAUUUCGACAAAACAGCGGUUGAGGUCGAGGGUGGCCAAAUCAUUUCCGGAAAUGUCGUCGUAGGUGCUGACGGAGGCUCCGAGUUCAACCUUGUCCUCCUGAGGCCCGACAACCUUCCUCCAGGUACUAGCAAGGUCGAAGGUGAAGUGGGCGAAAUGCGAGAGACUUUCAAAGGCUGGGACAACAGUCUUACAAAAAUCAUCUCCCUCAUCCCCUCUGUGCUGAAAUGGAAGCUCUCUUUCCAUCAUGAACUAGAAACAUGGCGCAAGGGCAACGUCACGAUUCUCGGUGAUGCUUGUCACCCUACACUACCAUAUCAGGGCCAAGGAGCGGCAAUGGCCAUUGAGGACGGGGCUGUGCUUGGAUAUCUAUUGGGCUCUCUGGUCGAAGAUUGCAACACGUCCCCUGAAACAGCACAUGGGCAGGUGAGCUCGCUAUUGCAGGUAUACGAGAAGCUGCGAAAGCUCCGCACAGCGACUAAUGUCAAAGGCGCCGAGGCGAACCGUUAUAUGUUUCACCUACAUGAUGGAGAGAAGCAGCAAGAGCGAGAUGCGGAACUCAAGUCCCAUGACUGGAUUCGUCCCUCGCGAUGGAGGUGGGCAGACCCCACGGCUCAAUAUGAGUUGCUUGGGCAUGAUGUGAUCGCAGAAAGCGAACGGGAGUACAAUGAGUGGAAGUCAAACAGCACUUCCAAGCCGUAA